AUGGAUGAAGCCAGGAAAUCGACACUCAGAAGCAUAUACAGGAGUGCCAUGGACGAUGAAUUUGCGCAGUCAAGACAGGAAAAUGCUGCAGAGCCGGAAUCGACUGUCGUUGCGCUGCAAGUCGACGUAUCGGACGUUGGAACGCGAACGCAAGGCUCGCGAUCGGUUGUAACCUCUACAAAAGACGAAGUUGAGCGACUUCGAAGCGAGGAAGUGGAUGUCGUUGAACGAUGUCUGAACCUCGCUUUUAGAGACGAUGGGGGGGCCAUUUUUCCAUGCAGGGAAUAUGGAUCGCGAAGGCAAGCUGUUUAUGGUCGUAGAGAGGUUGCGGGUGACAGACUGUUGGUGGAAGAAGGGGGCGCAGGGGACUUGAGUACUAUGUUCUUGUCGGAGGACGUCAUAUCGGCACUAUUCCGAGAUCAAGACUGGCCUGCACUUCGGCAGGCCAUAUACGUCCCUAGAGUCGACCACACCACGAUUUUACCUGAGGAGGAAGAAAGCGGCGGUGGGGAUAUCCAGGGCAAACGCGUGCGCCGCGCGCUAACGGAACGUGAACAAGAGCAAAUGGGUUCACGACGCCAAGCCAUUUACGUCGGAUGUCUUGAGGAGCCGAGCGAUGCCUUGCGAGGGUAUCAGGAAGAUCGGGAACCGGUUUCGAAUCAAAGAGAAGCGGAUGUCUUGAGGGAUGGUAGCAGCGUACACGUAGGACCCCACGGAACGGACGAAGAGGUCGAAUUGGAUGGGGGCAUCUAUCAGAAUGAAUACGAUCCAUCGGCAGUCCUGUAUCUUAAAGCUGACUGUGAUGAGGGUGGCAAUGUUGAACUGAUUUGA